AUGGGUCACAGUGCUGCCACUUGCAGCCCCAUGCCUGGCAAUCGUGAGCUGGGGCGCAUGGCAUCUCAGAGGCCCCAGGAGCAUGACAAAGUUGUGGAACAUGUGUGUAGCCACCUUGAAGAUGCUGUAACAUUUUGGGCACAGAAUGUCAGUAGGUGUGAUGACCCCUUGAAAUUAAGUUGUGAGCUGGCAGAUGCUUGUCCCAAGGCUAGUGCAGUUUUUGGCAAACCUGAUUUUGGUAAGAUUUAUGGUGGCUUGUCUUUCUGAAGACAGAGUUGGUACAAGUGUAUGUUACAGCAAGUGACCAGCAAUGAAAAAUGUCAGGUAUUGUACAUAGACUAUGGAAAUUCUGAGGUUCUGAAUAGAUCAGACAUAGUGGAAAUUCCACUGGACUUGCAGUGUCCGAGCAUUCUGAAGAAGUACAGACUCCAGGGACUGCAGAUACCGGCUGAUCAGAAUGUAAACAUGUUUGAUGAGGGGAAGAAGUUCUUGAGCAGCCUAGGUUUUGAAAAAGAAGUAAAAACACAUCACAAAGCCAAGUUCUAAGAUGGUGCCAUCAUUGCCCAGGUGGAACAUGAAAAGAUAGGUAUUGGAGAAGAGGUGGCCAAGGCAGGGUUUGCUCAAAGAUGCACAUCACCAGGGUACACUAAAGAGGCAGAAGAGAAAAAAGCAGAUGUCAUGCAAAUGCAGAAUUGGAAGAUGAAGAUUUCAGUUCCGCUGUGGUUUAACAGGUCUUGUCACACGAUGCACAGCUCCCCAAGAGAGCAUGUUGAGCAAGGACCUGCUGGCACCAGGAACUGGAAUUUUCCUGGAAACUGGAUGUUUGCCCCAAAGGAAAAGGUGCUAGGUUUCACCUCGGUGCCAGACACCAGCUUGGCACACGUAAGACCAGAUCAGAAGCUGCCUGAAGAGAAAAAAGUUCUGAGAAGGGAGAAUCUGGAUCUCUUGCAGAGUAUGACUUGGCUCAAGAAAUUAUUCAGUUAUGCACAAAUGUGGAUGAAAGAGAUGAAUUGA